CUUUGCUGUCUCGUAUAUUUCCAGUCCCUCUGUUCCUUUUAUCUUCCCCUACAGGCUUUCAACCAUUAAUGAUUUCUCUUUUUUUUUAAUUCGUUGAGGAAUCUGAGGAGUUGUCGUCGUGGGUUGUAAAAAACCAACAACAACAAAAAAAAAAAGUGGCAGUUAUCUAAUCAAAAAAACCCUUUUCUACAAAACCAGCCAGCCAGCCAGCAUUCCAUUCCCUUCCUGCAACAGCAUCAACCACCAAGAAGAAAGACACAGAGAGCGUUUCUGGGUUGGUUUGACUGUUUGAUGCGAAUACCCCUCGCCAUAGUCAAAACCCUCAAACGGCUCCUUCAGUUUCUUUGGAUUCCUCUCUGUUCUCUAUAUUUGGUGUCUGAGAAAAAGGGUUGUCACAUUUUCAUUCCUGUGGGGGCUGGUUGCUUUUCUUUCCCUCCUCCCUCUUUUUUUAAUUGAAGAUCGAUUGGAGGGGGAAGAAGAAGAAGAAGAAGAAGAAGAAGAAGAAGAAGAAGAAGAAGAAUUUGGUUGAUUGAUAGCAGUGGUGAUCAUGUCGCAGCAAAGGCAAUUCCAUCACCAGAUGAGUGGGCAUUACUACAGCAAUGCGAAUGACACCACUCUGACGAAGCUGUUUGUUGGAGGUUUGGCUUGGGAGACGCAGAGGGAGACCAUGAGGCGUUACUUUGAGCAGUUUGGGGAGAUCAUUGAAGCCGUCGUGAUCACGGACAAAAACACUGGCAGAUCCAAGGGCUAUGGCUUUGUAACGUUCAAGGAUCCAGAGUCGGCGAUGAGAGCUUGUCAAAACCCUUCCCCUGUAAUCGAUGGAAGGAGGGCAAACUGCAAUCUUGCCUCACUUGGCGCCACAAAAACUCGCCCUUCAAUCCCUUCUCAACAUGGAGGAGGAGGAGGUGGGCGGUUUAGAGGAGCAGAAGCUGGAUUGGUGGCUGCUGCACCACCACCUGCUGCUGCUGCUGCAUUUCAGCCAUCUUCAGCUGCAGCUUCAUACAUCCCUCAACCCUCUGGUCAAUAUACAUUUCCUUAUUCAGCUUACGGGUACGCUGCCGCAGCAACCGGAUACCCACAAGAAACGGCGGCGGCGGCUCUGUAUCAUCAUCCCAUGAGCUAUUAUGGGGUUUAUGGAGGGCAUCAUCAGCAACAUGUGUCGCCUUAUUACGCGGCGGCUGGGGGUUCUGCGGGUGGAGCAGCUGGCGGGAUGGCAUUCCACAACUUCUACCCAUUCUACCCUGCUCAGUAUGCACAACAUAGCAGCGGCAGCGGCAGCAGUGGUCAAGUUCAUGGAUUUGGAGGAGGAGCUGGUGUCCAGUACACUCCACCAGCUCAAGUUGUACAGUAUACACCGUAUUUUCCUCACCAGCAGCAGCACUAUCCCUCUUCAGGGAUCCUGUCCUUGCCUGUUGCUACUACUACUACUACUGCUGCUUCCCCUAUUGCCACCACAGCUGCAGGAAAGUUUGUCAAUGUUGCUGCAGUUGCAACAACAGUUCCCUCAGCGACAACUGUGGCACCAGCAGCAUCAACAAUAGCAUCAGCAACUUCCACCGCGACCACAGUGGCAGCUGCUGCCAGGCCAACGACGACGACAGCUGCAGCAGCUUCUGCUGAUCAAAAUUCAUCACCAACCAAAUGAGUUACUUUACAAGAAUGCUAAACAACAUCAGGAGAAGCUGAUAAGGAGUCUAGGUGUAUAACAACAGAAGUAGUGGGGGAGGAAGGGAAUCCAAGGAAGGCACCUGUAUGAAUCAGCAGCUGCAGCAGCAGGACCAAAAGCACAUAUAUCUUGCUCUUCUUCAUCAUUCCACGGAGGAUAUGGAGAAAUGCAAGGAGCACAAAGCUCACAAGCGUCUCCACUGGCCCCCCAUGCCUCCUUCCAAUUGAACUCUGCUGCAAUUGGAAGGACCUCCACCAACACCAAAGAUUCGUAUUUCAUCAUCAUUGUCACCGGUCAUUAAUCAUUUGUAGGAGGGGGGGUUUACUCUAGGGUAGCUGUUUAGGAUUAGCAUAAGGUGAAAAUCACAUUCAAUUUCUUCUUUCUUUUUUCUAGCAUAAAGGUGGAAACCAAGAUUGGGCAUUGGAUUCCACCUGAUGGGACAAACUAAUAUUUAUCAGCAGCAAGAUUGGAGGGGAAAAGCUGCUUGAUUGAUUUGGUUACUUGUAUGCCUUUGGGAUGCAGAAAGCGGCCAAUGGCAUAUAAGUGUUCAUAUUUUCAUUUGUCUUUCUGUUAAAAAAAAACAUAACUUCUCCUGGGUUUCAAGAUUUGUUUUGUAUCUUUGUAACCCAUUUGCAUCAGAGGUCAACUAAGUAAGAAGGGACUGGGCUUACGGUAAGCUCAUCAUCCAUUUUAACUUUGUUUUAUUUCUUCAUAAUUCGAAUUGGAUACCCUUUCUUUGCAAUGCAUUGUAUUAUUACUGAUCAGAUUAGUUGGAAGAGAUUCAACCAGAAGGUGAAAAAAGCAGUAAAGGGUACCCUUUUUUCUUGUUUAAGCAGACAAUCAAUCAUCCCCUUCCUUCUGGAUCAUUAGCCUUUUUCAUCUUUCGCUUUCAGUAGUAGGGCUGGCCAUGAAUCAUUCAAAAACCCUUUUUCUACUUUUACCCAUUCCAUACUAUAAUAGAUCCUAUUGAGAUGGAAUCCGAGGGGAUCCCACAGAUUGGAGUCAAAGAGACUAACUUUACAAAAAUAAAAAAAG